GGCGGUGGGGCGGUACGAGGGUUUAUAAGGGAGGACGGUGCUCAGCCAGAGCACUGUCUCCAACCUCCAUCCCUGUGAUACAGGAGUCUGAUCCCAGGCAAUACUUGUCAGAAUCUGCCUUUCCUUCACAAACUCUUGCAACUGCUAAGGUGUGACCAUGGCUGAUGCACAGAUGGCCGAGUUUGGAGCUGCAGCCAGCUUCCUGCGGAAGUCCGAGCGGGAACGUCUGGAGGCUCAGACCAAGCCCUUUGACCUGAAGAAGGACAUCUUCGUCCCGGACCCAGUGCAGGAGUUCAUCAAGGCCAGAAUCACCAGCCGCGAGGGUGGGAAGGUCACUGCUGAUACCGAGAAUGGCAAGACGGUGACGGUGAAGGAGGACGACAUCCUGAACCAGAACCCCCCCAAGUUCGACAAGAUCGAGGACAUGGCCAUGCUGACCUUCCUGCACGAGCCCGCCGUCCUCUACAACCUCAAGGAGCGCUACGCUGCCUGGAUGAUCUACACCUACUCCGGGCUGUUCUGUGUGACGGUGAACCCAUACAAGAUGUUACCCGUCUACAGUGCCGAGGUGGUGACUGCCUACCGCGGCAAGAAGCGUUCUGAGGCCCCGCCACAUAUCUUCUCCAUCUCCGACAAUGCUUACCAGUAUAUGCUGACGGACAGAGAGAAUCAAUCCAUCCUGAUCACUGGUGAAUCUGGUGCUGGGAAGACGGUGAACACUAAAAGGGUGAUCCAGUACUUCGCCAGCAUCGCUGCUGGUGGGUCAAUGAAGAAGGACAGUGCACCCAGCGGCAAGGGCACUCUGGAAGAUCAAAUCAUCCAGGCGAACCCAGCGCUGGAAGCUUUUGGCAACGCCAAGACCGUCCGGAAUGACAACUCUUCCCGAUUUGGAAAGUUCAUCCGGAUCCAUUUUGGAGCCACAGGGAAGCUGGCGUCGGCUGACAUCGAGACCUACCUCCUGGAGAAAUCACGGGUGAUCUUUCAGCUGAAGUCAGAGAGGAAUUACCACAUCUUCUACCAAAUUCUGUCUAACCGCAAGCCUGAACUUCUAGAGAUGAUGCUGGUCACGAACAACCCUUACGACUACUCCUUCAUCUCACAGGGAGAGACCACGGUCGCCUCCAUUGACGAUGCUGAUGAGCUGAUGGCUACCGACAGUGCCUUCGAUAUCCUCGGCUUCACAGCGGACGAGAAGGUGGGAAUUUACAAGCUGACUGGGGCGAUCAUGCACUUCGGGAACAUGAGGUUCAAGACCAAACAGAGAGAGGAGCAGGCUGAACCGGAUGGCACAGAGGAGGCCGAUAAGUCUGCCUACCUGAUGGGUCUGAACUCCUCGGACCUGCUGAAGGGUCUCUGUCACCCCCGGGUGAAAGUUGGCAAUGAAUACGUCACCAAAGGACAGAAUGUGCAACAGGUGACGUACGCGGUGGGAGCCCUGGCCAAAUCUGUCUACGAGAAGAUGUUCAACUGGAUGGUGGUGAGGAUCAACCACACCCUGGAGACCAAGUUGCCCAGACAAUAUUUCAUCGGAGUGCUCGACAUCGCUGGCUUCGAGAUCUUCGACUUUAACUCCUUCGAGCAGCUCUGCAUCAACUUCACAAACGAGAAGUUGCAGCAGUUCUUCAACCACCACAUGUUCGUGCUGGAGCAGGAGGAGUACAAGAAGGAGGGCAUCGAGUGGGAGUUCAUUGACUUUGGCAUGGACCUGCAGGCCUGCAUCGACCUCAUUGAGAAGCCAAUGGGGAUCAUGUCCAUUCUGGAGGAGGAGUGCAUGUUCCCAAAGGCCAGCGACAUGACCUUCAAGGCCAAGCUCUACGACAACCACUUGGGCAAGUCGGCCAACUUCCAAAAGCCACGGGUGGUGAAGGGCAAGCCAGAGGCUCACUUCGCACUGGUCCACUAUGCCGGUACUGUCGACUACAACAUCAUGGGCUGGCUUCAGAAGAACAAGGAUCCACUCAAUGAGACCGUGGUCGGCCUCUACCAGAAGUCCUCCUUAAAACUCCUCGCCCAUCUCUUCGCCAACUACGCUGGCUCUGAUGCAGCAACGGAGAAGAAAACAACCAAGAAAAAAGGAUCUUCGUUCCAAACUGUGUCUGCACUGCACAGGGAGAACUUGAACAAGCUAAUGGCCAACCUGAGAUCCACCCACCCACACUUCGUCCGCUGCAUUAUUCCCAACGAGCAGAAGGCACCAGGUGUGAUGGAGAACCCCCUGGUCAUGCACCAGCUCCGUUGUAACGGUGUCCUGGAAGGAAUCCGUAUUUGCCGGAAGGGAUUCCCCAACCGGAUUCUAUACGGGGAUUUCCGGCAGAGGUACCGGAUCCUGAAUCCAGCCGCCAUCCCGGAGGGACAGUUCAUCGACAGCAAGAAGGGUGCCGAGAAAUUGCUGGGUGGUUUGGACAUCGACCACAACCAGUACAAGUUUGGGCACACCAAGGUUUUCUUCAAGGCCGGGCUGCUGGGUCACCUGGAGGAGCUGCGUGAUGAGUGUCUGGCUCGGAUCAUCACCCGUAUCCAGGCCCAGUCCCGUGGUCUGCUGAUGCGUAUCGAGUUCAAGCGGAUCGUGGAGCGCAGGGAUGCACUGCUGGUGAUCCAGUGGAACGUGCGUGCCUUCAUGGGGGUGAAGAAUUGGCCCUGGAUGAAGCUGUACUUUAAGAUCAAGCCCCUGCUGAAGUCGGCCGAGAGCGAGAAGGAGAUGGCUUCCCUGAAGGAGGAAUUCCUGCGGCUGAAGGAGGCGCUGGAGAAGUCGGAGGCGCGGAGGAAGGAGCUGGAGGAGAAGUCCGUGUCCCUUCUCCAGGAGAAGAAUGACCUGUUGCUGCAGCUGCAGACCGAGCAGGACAACCUGACGGACGCGGAGGAGCGCUGCGACCAGCUGAUCAAGAACAAGCUGAACCUGGAGGCGAAGGUGAAGGAGCUGGGCGAGCGGCUGGAGGAAGAGGAGGAGGUGGGGGCAGAGCUGACGGCCAAGCGCCGGAAGCUGGAGGACGAGUGCUCGGAGCUGAAGAAAGACAUCGAUGACCUGGAGCUCACCCUGGCCAAGGUGGAGAAGGAGAAGCACGCCACCGAAAACAAGGUGAAGAAUCUGACGGAGGAGAUGGCUAGCCAGGAUGAGGUGAUUGCCCGGCUGACCAAGGAGAAAAAGGCACUGCAGGAGGCGCACCAGCAGACGCUGGACGACCUGCAGGCCGAGGAGGACAAAGUUAACACUCUCACCAAGGCCAAGAGCAAACUGGAGCAGCAGCUGGACGACCUGGAGGGCUCUCUGGAGCAGGAGAAGAAGGUGCGGAUGGACCUGGAGCGAGUGAAGAGGAAGAUGGAGGGGGAUCUGAAGCUCUCGCAGGAGUGUGUGAUGGAUCUGGAGAACGACAAGCAGCAGCUGGAGGAGAAACUCAAGAAGAAGGACUUUGAGAUCAGCCACCUGAACAGCAAGAUCGAGGACGAGCAGGCACUGGCUAUUCAACUGCAGAAGAAGCUGAAAGAACUGCAGGCGCGGAUCGAGGAGCUGGAGGAGGAGCUGGAGUCGGAGCGGGGGGCUCGGGCCCGCGUGGAGAAGCAGCGCUCCGAGCUGUCCCGGGAGCUGGAGGAGGUCAGCGAGCGGCUGGAGGAGGCCGGCGGCGCCACCUCGGCCCAGAUGGAGCUCAGCAAGAAGCGGGAGGCCGAGUAUCUGCGCCUGCGGCGGGACCUGGAGGAGGCGACGCUGCAGCACGAGGCCACGGCCGCCGCCCUGCGCAAGAAGCACGCAGACUCGGCGGCCGAGCUGGGCGAGCAGAUCGACAACCUGCAGCGGGUCAAGCAGAAGCUGGAGAAGGAGAAGAGCGAGCUGAAGCUGGAGCUGGACGACGUCAGUUCCAACAUGGAGCAGCUCGCCAAGGCCAAGGCAAACCUGGAGAAGCUAACCCGAACCCUGGAGGAUCAAAUGAACGAGUAUCGGGCCAAGUCCGAGGAGGGUCAGAGGGCACUCAGCGACAUCUCCACCAGCAAGGCCAAGCUGCAGACCGAGAACGGCGAACUUCAGCGGCAGUUGGAGGAGAAGGAGGCACUGGUCUCCCAGCUGAGCCGGGGCAAGCUCUCAUUCACCCAGCAGGUCGAGGACCUCAAGAGGCAGCUGGAGGAGGAGGUGAAGGCAAAGAACGCCCUGGCACACGGCAUGCAGUCGGCCCGCCACGACGCCGAGCUGCUGCGGGAGCAGUACGAGGAGGAACUGGAGGCGAAGGCCGAGCUGCAGCGGCUCCUCUCCAAGGCCAAUGCCGAGGUGGCGGGCUGGAGGAACAAGUACGAGACCGACGCCAUCCAGCGCACCGAGGAGCUCGAAGAGGCCAAGAAGAAGCUGGCGCAGCGGCUGCAGGAGGCCGAGGAGCAGGUGGAGGCGGUGAACGCCAAGUGCUCGUCGCUGGAGAAGACUAAGCACCGGCUGCAGAACGAGAUCGAGGACCUGAUGAUCGACGUGGAGCGGUCGAACGCCGCCGCCGCCGCCCUGGACAAGAAGCAGAGGAACUUCGACAAGUUGCUCGCGGAGUGGAAGCAGAAGUUUGAGGAGUCGCAGACGGAGCUGGAGGCUUCGCAGAAGGACGCUCGCUCCCUCAGCACCGAGCUGUUCAAACUCAAGAACGCCUACGAGGAGGCCCUCGACCACCUGGAGACGCUCAAGAGGGAGAAUAAAAUCCUCCAAGAGGAGAUCUCGGACCUGACGGAGCAGUUGGGCGAGCGAGGGAAGAGUGUUCACGAGCUGGAGAAGAUCAGGAAGCAGCUGGAUCAGGAGAAGCAGGAACUGCAGGCGGCACUGGAAGAGGCAGAGGGCACCCUGGAGCACGAGGAGGGGAAGAUCCUUCGCGCACAGCUGGAGUACAACCAGCUGAAGGCCGACAUGGAGCGUCGCGUGGCGGAGAAGGAGGAGGAGAUGGAGCAGGCGAAGAGGAACCAGCAGCGGGUGGUGGACACCUUGCAGAGCUCCCUCGAGGCGGAGACUCGCAGCCGAAACGAGGCGCUGAGGGUGAAGAAGAAGAUGGAAGGAGACCUGAACGAGAUGGAGGUGCAGCUGAACCUGGCCAACCGCCAGGUGGCCGAGGCCCUCAAGCAGAGCAAGACACUGCAGGCCUCGCUGAAGGAAAUACAGCUGCAGCUGGAUGACUCACUGCGAGUGAGCGAGGAGCUGAAGGAGAGUGCAGCGAUGGCUGAGCGACGGGGAAACCUGCUCCAGGCUGAGCUGGAGGAGCUGAGGGCACAGCUGGAACAGGCAGAGCGCGGGCGCAAGCUGGCCGAGACCGAGCUGAUCGAGAGCAGCGAGAGGGUGCAACUCCUGCACUCCCAGAACACGAGCCUGAUCAACCAGAAGAAGAAGCUGGAGAGCGACAUCGGGCAGCUACAGGCCGAGGUGGAGGACUCACUGCAGGAGUGCCGCAAUGCCGAUGAGAAGGCCAAGAAAGCCGUCACCGACGCGGCCAUGAUGGCGGAGGAGCUGAAGAAGGAGCAGGACACGAGUGCCCACCUGGAGCGUAUGAAGAAGAACAUGGAGCAGACCAUCAAGGACCUGCAACACCGGCUGGACGAGGCCGAGCAGAUCGCCAUGAAGGGCGGCAAGAAGCAGAUCCAGAAACUGGAGACUCGGGUCCGGGAACUGGAGAACGAGCUGGAGGCAGAGCAGAGGAGAUGCUCGGAGGCGGUGAAAGGGGCCCGCAAGUUCGAGAGGCGGAUCAAGGAACUGACCUACCAGACUGAGGAGGACCGGAAGAACAACAUCCGGCUGCAGGACCUGGUGGAUAAGCUCCAGCUCAAGGUCAAAGCCUACAAGAGAUCAGCGGAGGAGGCAGAGGAACAGUCAAACACAAACCUGGCGAAGUUCCGGAAACUUCAACAUGAGCUGGAUGAAGCAGAGGAGAGAGCAGAUAUCGCAGAAAGUCAGGUCAACAAGCUGAGAGCCAAGACCCGAGAUGUUGGCAGCAAGAAACUGUUGGCUGAGGAAUGAACUCUGCUGAGAAUGUUCUGGAACCCUGUGUAAAAUUUCUGUAGAAUAAAGCCAUCAGCAAACUCUG